AUGGAAAUAAUUAAAGAACUUUUAAGUGAGAUUUAAUAAUCAUAAUCAAAAGGAAAUGAGCUACUCAUCGAUCAUUAUCUUGUUGGCUAUUUAUUUGGAACAGGACAAAUCAAAUCAAUUGAAGAAGUUAGAAGCUUAAUUAAGGACCUUUCAGAAAUCAAAUAGGACAUGGAUGAUAGUAAGAUUUCCGCCUUCUCAAGAGAUUAUUACAUUAACUAGAUAUUGAUGAGAUCAGGAGCACACUCUUAAGAGUUUUCAUCAUGCGUUUAAAAAGAGAAGAAAUAAUCCGAUCACUAAGUGAUUCACGAAGAUAAUAAAAAGAAUACUCCCUAAAAGUAAGAAGAUAAACAAUAAAUUGGUUAAAUUCCAACUACAGACUAAAAUUAAUAAUAGCUAGACGAAAUAAAAGAGAAAAAUAAGUAACAGAUUAAGCAAUCCCAAAAAUAAUAUAAUGCUCACAUUCAAAAAGCUAUAUAGAAUUCAAAAUAACAUAAUUAAAAGUAGAAUUGA